AUGGUGCCUGCAGACCGGCUGAUGCCCAACUACGGCCUCCAGGGUGAUGCCGGAGGGAUGGCCCCGAUGCCCGAGUAUCAAGGUGGCUGGUGGGGCCAGCAAGUCUACCAGCCCCAGGAGCAGAUGGCGGGCUUCUACCAGGACCACAGCCUGGCUCCACAUCCGGUCUUCCAGCCUGCAUGUGCCAAAGCAGCGUUGCCAGGACCAUGGGCAAUGCAGCAGAUGCAGUCCCUACAGCCUUCUCACGCUUGUCCUGCAGCGGCACAGUUUCAGGUGUCUCCGGAGUUGCAGCAUCAGCAGCUGCAAAUGAUGGCGGUCAAAGCACCAGAGAGAACACCCGAACCACCGGCACCUCCGGAUACAGAAGUGGUCACAGAGCCAACAUCCCGGUUGGAGGUGCCAGCAGAUGCUUGUGGGGGCACAGCAUUCCCGACGCCGCGAAGCACAGAGGUCCCUCCGGACCGCAGUGACGAAGGCGAAGUGGAUCGAACAGAGGAGCAGAGGUCUCGCCUCAGUGCCAGCGCAGCUCGCCGCCUCCGCCGGAAGCGCGCCGCUGAGCGCGCUCAGCGCGAGGCCGACCUCGCCCUCCCCGGUACCAUAUUUCCCGAGCACUGCGAGCAACUCCGGGAGCAACUGCAGAACGGCAGCGGAGAUGUCCGAGACAUCAUUCGACGCCUUCGUGGACAGGUUUGGUCGCUCUCGCGAGAUGCUCACGGUUGUCGGCUAGUUCAACAGGUUCUCGAAAUGGCUGGUCAGCGUGAUGCUUACGAAGUCGCCAAGGAGCUGGAAGGUCACAUCUUGGAGGCCGUAAUGUGCCCUCACGGCAAUUAUGUUGUGCAAAAGAUCGUGUCCCAGCUUUCCGUGGCCUCCAGCGACUUUGUUGCACGAGAUCUUCAAGGCCAUGUGGUGCGAGUUGCGAAACACCGUUUUGCUUGCCGGAUCCUAUGUCGCUUGUUGGAGUUCUGUGGUUCGAGUGCUCGCACCUCGGAGCUCGUGGACGAGCUGCUGCAGGAAGCAGGCCCUUUGUGUUGUCACAGUUUCGCGCACCAUGUGAUCCAGUCCGUACUGGAGCAUGGACUGGACAAGCACAAGGAGAUUAUUGCACUGGCCCUGAACGGGGACCCGAUGAAAUUUGCUACGCACAAGAACUCCAGCUACCUCAUUGAGAAGGCCCUUUGCUACUGCAGCGCGGACGACAGGUACACGCUGAUUGCCCGGCUCGGCUCUCCGAAGUCUCUUGUGGAGCUGGCAUACACGCAGUAUGGCUGCUAUGUCGCGAAGGCGAUCCUGUCCUUGGAAGAUCGCCAGAUCGACAAGGAUGCGACAAUGCAUGAGCUCUGGAAGCAACGGAAGGAGCUGGAGCGCUACAGGCAUGGCCAUCGUCUCUUGGAGGAUUUGGGCCUCAUUGCUGGCGAGGUGACGACGAAGUGGCGUCCAACUGAUGAUCGCCUUUUGGCGGAGAUGCCUUACCCAUCCAUGAGCUGCGGCCGUGCAGACUUGGGUUUGGGUGACACCGCAGCAGGUUUUUACAUAGGACAAGCUUGGCCAACAGAGGAGUAUGGCAUUGGGAGAGUUUCGGCCGAAGGGUUGCUCUCAGCGAUGUCCUGUCUAGACUUCAGUGACCGGCUCGCGUGUGAGACCAAGUUCCAAGCCAUUCCAAGCCCGUUGUGGCGAAAACGCGUCGGACGACGUUGCGCCGAAGAGUCCGGUGUGGGACCGGCCCUUUUGUACAGGCAAUCGAAGGUCUGGGUGCCUUUGAGCAGGCUCUCAAACGCGUUCGUUUGGUUUGACUGCCUUGCGUCGUGGCGGAAUCUUCUCGAGCUGGUGUAUGAUGGACCCGAUAUGCAGAGCUCGGUAGUGCAGCUGACCACAGCCGCCCUCAGCGCCAGCGCGCCGACACUGGCAUUUACAGAGUCCCAGGCUGCCUUGAGGGCCAAUGAGCUUGCCAACAGAAAGGAACUUUGGAAUUUGCGCGCGGAUAUCGAGAAGGAGAAGCUUCGUCAUGUGGCGCCCUUUCCCUUCUUCGGGCGGGCAAUGCGCUUUCAGGACAAGUUUGCGGCUCUUCAGAUUACUGACGAUGGUCGUUUUAGCUAUUCCUUCGUGGGCUUGAACCAUGAGGCCGUCUUGCAUAGUGUGGCGCAUGCAGCGGAUGCCUCCGGAGUGUUGCAAAGCACGUCACCUCGGUCAAGUCGUGUUGUGAGCACAGCGGGUCUCAUGGCCUCUGCAUCACCAUCCUUCCCUCCGGAAUGCCUCGCUGCUGCUGCCACGCCGCCGCUGAGAGCCGUUGUACAUGAGAAGUUGAGGCAGAGCGGAGGACUCGAGGGACUGGGUGGCCUGGCAUCAGUGCACUUCCGCCCCUUGAAGAAGGAGGACCGCAAGGAGCUAGAGCAGCUUCACCACGAGUGGUUUCCUGUGGCCUACCCUGCGAGCUUCUAUGACGAGGUCUUCCAGAGUCGCACGGUGCAGAGCCUUGCUGCGAUUGCUGGUGACAUCCUCCUUGGUGCCGCCACCUUUCGAACGACCUUUGCCGAGCCCCGAUUCGACAUGACCUCGGUGCUGCAAGGUGGUCUCCGGUCCUGCAUGGAGGGCUACGCAGGCUACAUUCUGACGCUGGGGGUCGUGGAUGGCGCUCGGGGGCAUGGCCUAGCCAAGGCUUUGCUGCAGCAAUCCAUCAAACGGAUCAAGGCAGUGCUCCCCAAGGUUCAGGCGAUCUGGGUACACGUGGCCUGCUACAACCAGCAGGCAAAGGCGCUCUACGAGAGUCAAGGCCUGCAGCUGGUGCGCUGCUUCCCCCGCUUUUACAGCUUCUACAACAAGUCCUGGGACUCGCUGCUCUACGUCCUGUACAUAAACGGCGGCAAGCCACCAGACAGCUUGCCACUGCAGGUGGUCCAAGAUGAGAUUGCAGCCACCUUGAGCUGCCACAGCACCUUGCUUGCAGAAUACCACUACGGGCCAAUACGGGCCCAAGCUUCGCUGAGCUUCCUGAAGGCCUGGCAGGACGCUGCGGCUGCCGAUGCAGAUCUGCAAGGAAGAGCUGACGGCGAAGUGAGCAUCUGCCAGGAGGUCCGUGACCAGGUUGUCGUGUGGGAGGGCGCGGUCGAGCCGGAGAGUGCUCCGUCCUUCGGGUCCUUCACUGGCCCAGCAAGUCACGAACAAGCCCGAAGCUUUGCAAGUGGUCGCUCCGCGGUGGUGGAGCCCCAGCUCUCAAAGGAGGCUACGACGACUUCCGCUGCUGCAGAUCUUGCGCAGUUCCGUGCAGAACGUGCAGCCGACGUGCUCCGACUUCGUUAUUGCACUCGCUCAGUUCCAACCGCCAGUUUUGAGAAGGUGGAUGUUGAGGAUUCAGAGCCCGUUUUGGUCGAAGAUGACCCAAAGAGCCGGGUGCGCACCUAUGAGGGCAUCCUUGUCUCCACCCUGGAGGAAGAGCCGCUGGAACCAGUGGCCGAGUUGGAGCCGGAAGGCACCGCCACGAUCCAGGGGCUCGCCAUGUUGCGCCACGAGAUCGAGGAAGUGGGUGGCCGAGCUCGUCUCGUGAAUGUCAUCCGGAGCAGUAGUCGCUUUGCGAUUGUCGUCAGUCCAUACUUUCAGCCAAAUAUGGCUGUCGUGCAUUCCUUGCACCUAUCCUUGUCCCCGCGGCGGCCAAGGAGAACACAGCUCCCAUUCGUCGGGAGCGGUACGAAGAGGGACGCGCGAGCGUCCACGAUGAAAUCGGGUGAUAUUUGGCGGCUGACCCAGGAAAGGCGACGGGCGCCCAAGCCCAAGUUCUCCAAGUCGGGGUCCACCGGCAUGCUUCCGGCCGCUGCUCCCAGCCCCAAGCCUGGCGACACGAGGCAGUCCAUGUUCUCCAAGCCGAGCAACUCCAUGCCGCAGUUGCCCGCUUUGGUUGAUAAGAAGGACAAGAAGGAUGGCAAGGCCCGGGAGUUGACGACUGUGUCGGACUGGCGGGACUUCUACAAGCAGAGGGCGCAGGAGCUGCUCGGCUCUUGA